CAGGGCACCCAACGACACCGGCCUAUUGCGUUGAACCGCCCGCGAUGGCGCUCGCUGUGUCCUCCCCGGCGCCGCACGUGGCCGUGGUAGCGUUCCCGUUCAGCUCCCACGCGGCGGCGCUGUUCACCAUCGCGCGCGCGCUGGCCGCCGCCGCGGCGCCCGUGGGGGCCACACUCUCGUUCCUCUCCACCGCGGGCUCCAUCGCGCGGCUCCGCGGGGCGGCCGGCGCCGAGCUCCCGGGGAACCUGCGCUUCGUGGAGGUCCCGGACGGCGCCGGGACGCCCGCGGCGAAGGGGCCCGUGCCGGUGCCGAUGCCGCGGAAGAUGGAGCUGUUCAUGGCCGCCGCGGAGGCUGGCGGGGUGAAGGCCGGGCUGGAGGCGGCCCGCGCCGCGGCGGGCGGUGCUAGGGUGAGCUGCGUGGUCGGGGAUGCGUUCGUGUGGCCCGCGGCGGAGGCGGCCGCUGCGGUGGGGGCGCCGUGGGUGCCGGUGUGGAUAGCCUUGUCGUCCGCGCUCCUGGCGCACCUCCGAACCGACGCGCUCUGGGCGGACGUCGGCGACCAGGCCGCGAGCAGGGCCGACGAGCUGCUGGUCUCGCACCCGGGCCUUGGCAGCUACCGCGUCAGCGACAUCCCCGACGGCGUCGUCUCCGGCGAUUUCGACUACGUCAUCAGCCGCCUCCUCCACCGCAUGGGGCAGCUCCUCCCGCGCGCCGCCGCCCCCGCCGUGGCGCUCAACACCUUCCUGGGCCUCGACCCGCCCGACGUCACCGCGGCCCUCGACGAGACGCUCCCGAACUGCCUCCCGCUCGGCCCCUACCACCUCCUCCUUCCCGAGGACACAACCGCCGCUGCGUCGCCAGCAGCCGGCGACCCGCACGGCUGCCUCGCCUGGCUGGACGCGCACCCGGCGCGCUCCGUGGCGUACGUAAGCUUCGGCACGGUGGCGUCGCCGCGCCCCGACGAGCUCCGCGAGCUGGCGGCGGGACUGGAGUCCUCCGGCGCGCCGUUCCUGUUGUCCCUGCGCGAGGACUCGUGGCCGCUCCUGCCCGCGGGGUUCCUGGCCCGCGCCGCGGCCGGUGGCGCCGGAUCCGGGCUCGUGGUCCCCUGGGCGCCGCAGGUGGCCGUGCUGCGCCACGAGUCCGUGGGCGCGUUCGUGACACACGCCGGGUGGGGGUCGGUGCUGGAGGCCAUGUCCAGCGGCGUGCCCAUGGCGUGCCGCCCCUUCGUCGGGGACAACCGGAUGAUCGCGCGGUCUGUGGCGAGCGUGUGGGGGAUCGGUGCGGCGUUCGAGGGCGCCACGAUGACGCGCGCCGGGGUGGCCGCCGCCGUGGGGGAGCUGCUGCGCGGGGAGGAAGGGGCGAGGAUGAGGGCCAGGGCGCAGGAGCUGCAGGCCGCGAUGGCCGCGGCGUUCGCGCCUGGCGGCGCGUGCAGGAGGAACUUCGACAAGUUCGUGGAGAUAGUCUGUCGCGUGUGAACUCCUGUUGCCGGAUUCGUACCUGUUGUCGGCCGGUCGAACUGUUUACGUAUUCAGAGGUGCCUGUACGGAAAUCCAAUAAGACGAUCGCGCGCUACGUGGCUUCGUGGCGCGCGACGUUGCCUGUCUCCCAUGUGAUAGCCAACUUAAUAAUUUGCUUUCUUCUUUUCCUUUCCUUUUUUUUUUUGCUUUACGCUCUGUAAUAGCAUGUGUCAUCAUUUGUUUUUAGAUUUUCUCUUACCUUCUAUUAUGUUUUCUCUGGUGAAGUUCUCUUGACAUCUAUUUUAUGAAAAUCGUGCUAAGCAAAAUA